CCGAAUCCGAUGAAAAUGAGUUGGCAAGUACUAUGUAUGAUGAGCGUACAGGAGCAGGCUCGUAGACCAGAGCAGCAGGCGAAACAAGUAUAAGGAUCAAGCAUACUUAACGGCCGCAUGCAGCAAUCGCCCUUUCAGCUCCCCCGCCUCGCUGCGGGCGGGCCAUUGGGCGGCGUGGGAUCGACGCUCCCGCGGCUCCAAAAUAACGGAGGUCCGCUCUCUGCGCGAGUUACCCAGGAAAAAACACCCAUCCCCAUCCAUGUUUUGCAUGAAAAACACUGGACUUUAUGCAUGUUUUGCAUGACAGAUUGGAUGGGGAUGGGUGUUUUUCCUGGAUACGAGUCCAUGGCACCAUAUUUGACGACGACCAAACGGACAAAUCCCACCAGCACAGCAGU